AAAACAAGAGCGCGGUUCCGCAACUCAUCUUCCUUUUUAAAAAUCCGGCCGGCUCGCGACGAUUUUCCGGUUUUGUGAAAUUCCAGUGCAUUCCGCAAUCCCCCAUUGAAAUGUUUUCCUUCCGACGCGAAAUAGAUUUCACCGGUUACACGCUCAUCGUACCCUCGGUUAGUGUCGGGAACGUUCCGCAGCUGGCGGUGGAUGUGAUAAUCGAAACGUUGAAACUCGAUCCGGUCGGCCAGCUAUGGCAUCCGGCGCUCAUUCCGGUCAUCGGUGCACCAGCCUUCGAACACGAACCGGCAGAUUUUGUGUCCACCUCGGCGGAGCUGUAUCUAUCAGAGGAGAAACACCUUGCGGUACUCCAGCUACGGGCACCGCUCGUCGGUAACGCACAGCAACGCGCUUUCCUGGAACAGUUGGCCGAUUUUGUACGCGAUCGUCACUUCACAGAGGUGCUACUGCUGGCCAGCUGUUUUGCACACGAGAAAUCCAAUGUCCGUACGGCACCGUUCAGUUAUGUGGCGAAUGAAAUGUACGAACGAGCGGACGAUGCCGGAUCCCGACGCCUGACGGAAGAUGGUGGACGAUGGACGAAACACACGGGAGGCGUUAUUCACGGAGGAGGAUUCGGUGCAAAGCUGCUGGAGCUGCUGACCGAGCGGAGUAUCGCCGGUGUCCUGCUGUUCAUGUACGUCUCCGAGGGUGACAACACAACCGAGGGUCUUAUGCUAGCCCGGAUGCUGCACACGAUCAGCGGAGAACGCUUGCUGCCGGCCGGUGCACAGGAAUUCGAUUUUCGGUGGCCCAAAUCAUGGCAGCAUCUCUUCGGAAGCUCCCAUCCACGGUCUUUAUACUGAGCGCUCUAGAUGCUGGACAGGUGUUUGGUGUUGGGAUGGCGUUAUGAUGGAUUUAAUAAAAUUAAUUCGUACUUUUUCGGAUGCAUUGCUUGGAUAAAGAAAAGUCGGAAACGGAAAGCGAAUAU